AUGGAAGAUAUACAACUAGAUAAGAAUGUGAAAAAAAAAGACGAUUUUAGUUUGGAUGCUAAUAAUAAGGUGAACGAUUUUAAUAAGCCACCUUAUUUUCCAAAUGAAGAUAAUAAAUCUUUUUCAAAUAAUUUAAUUAAUAAAAGAGAAUUAGGAAAUAUAGAGAGAGGGGAUGUAAACAAAAGGUAUGACAUAAAGCAGGAUGUUUUAAUAACAUCAGAGGAAGAAGAGGAGGAGGAUGAUGAUAAUGAGGAUGACGAUGAUGAAGAUGAUGAUGACGAUGAUGACGAAGAUGAAGAUGAAGAUGAUGAUGAAGAUGAUGACGAUGAUGAUGAAGAUGAUGACGAUGACGACGAUAAUGAUGAUGAUAACAAUGAAGAACACUUUAACAAUCACAACUACAACAUCAAUAACAACAAUAAUAAUACAAGUAAGAAUAAUAAAAAGAAUUCCAAAUAUCAUAAGGAUGACAAUUCGAGCUCGUUAAAUUGCUUAUCCGAUGAGGACAACAUAUAUUAUUCUAUGAAUGAAGGAUAUAGAACUAAUUAUAUUAUGGAAUCAUUAUUUGAUAAGAAUUCUUUUAUAUAUUUUACGGUUCCAUAUAAUAAAUAUAAUUAUACAAAUUAUUUUAUUAAUUGGAAUAAAAUAAGUUUUCGCAUGUAUGCUUCAUUAAAUUCAGUUAUGUCUAAAAAUAUAAGAAAAAGAAAAUUAGCUAGUAUAUCUGAUUUAAAUAACAAUAUGAAAAAUCCAUUAAUUUGUAUAAUGAAUAAUUUUUUAUAUUUUCUUUUAUUAAGUGAAUAUUUAAACUUUAACGAGCUUUUUAAAUUAAUGCCAUUAUGUAAAUCAUCCUAUAAUAUUUUUAACCACACCUUUUGUAUUAACGUACAUAUAAAUCCGUAUAAACAAAAGAUAUCAGAUAUUAUUAAAUUUAUGAGGAAAAAUAAAGAAUAUCAGUUUAAUAUUUUAAAGAAUAUAAAUACCCAAAGGAGAGAUCGAAGUAGUUUUUAUGAACAAAAGGAAGAAUUAUUUAGCGAUGAAAAUAAAUUCAAUACCAUUUUAUCACCUGAAUUAAUAAGUUCAAAAAAUAAAGUAUUUAGUGAGAGUCUACUUGAUAAAAUGAAUGAUAAAAAUGAAGAAGAAAAAGAAAAUGGUGAUAAUAAAAAUGAUCAACUGUGUAAUAAAAAUAUUAAUGGUAAUAUAAGGAAGAAUACAAAUUAUGAUUUAAUAAAAUGUUCAGAUAUAUCAGAAGUAUUUUUUACGAAUAAUAUAAUUAAUAUGAGAUAUCUAUUUAGUGUUUAUGAGUAUAUAAGAUUAUAUUUAAGUAAAUAUAAUAGAGAAAAGGUACAAUUCUGUAUAUUACAACAAAAAUUUAAAUAUAAUAGAAAACAUAAUAAUAUCUCUUUUGAUAAUAUAUCUCCUUAUGCUAAUAAAGUAUGUUCCUUUGAAUUUAAAGUGAAAUUGAAGAAAUAUAUACAAAGGAGAUGGAAUAUUAAAAGUAAUUAUAUACAUGAAGCAUAUUUUUGUCAUAAAAAAGAAAAAUUACAAAGUAAUAAUAUAAAUGAGAAUAAUUUACAAAUUGAUACUGAUAAUAACAAUAAUAAUAAUAAUAAUAAUAAUAAUAAUGAUAGUACUGAUUAUUAUAGUGGUGGUGUUAUAAAAAUAAUUGAAAAUAGAUAUAGCCAUUUAUAUCCAUCAUUCUCAUCAUUCAUAACAUUAGAUAAAGAAGGAUAUGUUAAUAUGUGGAAAAUUAAUAAUAUUGAUUCAGUUCUUCCGACACCUUUAUACAAAACAAAAUUGUAUGCUAAUGAUAAAAAGGAUUUGACUCUAAAGGAUGGAAUAUGUCUCGGUGAAGAUAAAUUCUUAAUGGUAGACAUGAAUUCUUUGUAUCAUGUAUCCCUUGAAGACAAAGAAGAUCAACCCUUAAAUGAAAUAAAUGUGGACCUAAAAAAAAAAGAAGAGUAUGUGAUAAAAAGUAUCAUACAGAACGGAAGAAAUAAGUGCACCAUUGGUUUAAACAAAACAAUAUGUCAACGAAUAGAUAUAGAAAAAGAAUGUAUUGAGAGUUCUAAAAGUAUCAGUGAUGAUUUUCAAAAAAUGUGUUAUUAUGAUGAUAAUACAAAUAUAGUUUUAAGUAAAAAAAAUAUAUUAAUUGAUGACAGAAGGUUAGGGAAUUAUAUAUGUUAUGUUAAUUAUAAUUUAAUAGAUUAUGAGAACUCCAAAAAAUAUUAUAAUAGUGCGAAUUAUUUUUGUGAUAUAGAUUUAACUGGCAUAACGUUAACAUCAUUAAAUUCAAAUAAUUCAAUGUUUGUAUUUGAUUUAAGAUAUAAAUAUCCAUCUACAUGUUUAUAUAACGACAAUAUUAUAAUUGAAACAAUGUAUACAAAAGAAAAUGAAAAGUUAAAAUAUUUAUUUAAUAUGAAAUCUAAUUAUAAUUCUAAAUAUUAUUGUAUGAAUAAAAAAUAUAGCGCAUAUCAUGAUAAUAUAAUAUUAUGUCCACCUUGUAAUGUUGGAAAUAUAAAAAAUAAUAAUAUUCAACUUAAAAAUAAAUAUAAUAAUAUGGUACAAAUAAAUGAUACGUCAUUAUUUGUUAAAAAUAAAAUUUUGUCUGAUGAAUCAUUUAUUUAUAAUAUUACAAAAGAUAAAAAUAAAAAACAAUCUUAUAAUCUUCCAACAUCAUAUUUAAAUAUCUGGAGAUGGUGUAAUAAAAGACAAUUUAAAUCUUUGUUUCAUUAUUAUGAUGAUUUAACAAAAAAUAGAAAAUUUCAGAAUGAUUAUAAUGCAAAUAAUAAUUUUUAUGAACACUUAAUAUUUGAUUCUAUCUAUAAAUUUGUAGAUACACCAAAUCAUCUUUUUGUAACUUAUGAGGAUUCGAAUUAUAUACAUUCAUUUAUGUCACCCUCUUAUGGAUUACAUAUAACAAGCUCAUUUAAUGAAACUCCGAAUUAUAUGCACCCAACCAAUUUAUAA